GGGGCGGGGCCGCAGGGCAGGGCCCGGCCUGCGCCCACGUGAGAACAACUGUAGAGCAGGGAGCCGGAGCCACAGCGCGGCCACUGGCCACCGGGUGCGGGGAUGGCAGGCCUUGGCCAACGGGGGCAAGAGCGCGCCGGCAGCUGCUGGCAGGACCCGCUGGCCACGGCGCUGAGUCCCCCGCGGCCGCCGGCCCCUGGCCGGGGCUGGGGUCGGAGUCGGCCGCUUAACGUGGUCUACGUGUUGACCCAGGAGGCCGAGGCCGAAGUCGAGCCGCUGCCCCUGCGCUGCCUGCGCGACGCUUGCGCUCAGUUCCCCGGGCCGCGCCCGGUGCCGCAGCUGCGCACGCUGCCCUUUGGGACUGUGGCUCUGGGCGAGUCCGCCGCGUUAGACUCCUUCUACAACGCCGAUGUGGUAGUAGUCGAAGUGAGUGGCUCCCUGGGCCAGCCUUCCCUGUUCUACCACCUUGGAGUGAGGGAGAGCUUCAGCAUGACCAACAACAUACUUCUCUGUGCCCAAGCAGACCUGCCUGAUCUACAGGCCCUCAGGGAAGAUGUCUUUCAGAAAAACGCCGAUUGUAUGGGGGGCUACACCUUCAUCCCCUACAUGGUGACGGGUCAAGGACGGGUCCUGUGUGGCGACGCGGGUGUUAUGAAGGGGCUGGCAGAGGGGCUGUUCCAGUCGGGGGCAGGCGCGGAGGCCCUCCUCACCCCCCUGGUGGGCAGGCUUGUCCGCCUGCUGGAGGCUAUACCCACCAACUCCUGUGGCUACUUCCGGGAGACCAUGCGAAGGGACAUCCGCCGCGCCCGGGAGUGCUUCUCUGGGGACCAGCUUCAGCAGGAGCUGGGCCGGUUGCAGCGCCGGCUGGACAGCGUGGAGCUGCUGACUCCUGACAUUAUCAUGACCCUGCUGCUCUGCUACCGGGAUAUGCAGGACUAUGGGGCUAUCAUCUCCCUGGUGGAGACGCUGCAGGCCCUGCCCACCUGUGAUGUGACUGAACAACACAACAUCUGUUUCCACUAUACCUUCGCCCUCAACCAGAGAAACAGGCCUGGGGACCGAGACAAGGCCCUGUCUGUGCUGCUGCCCCUGGUCCAUAGCAGGACCGUGGCCCCCGACCUCUACUGCAUGUGUGGCCGAAUCUACAAGGACAUGUUUAGCAGCUCGGGCUUCACUGACACUGGUCACCGAGACCAGGCUUGUCAUUGGUACCAAAAGGCCUUUGAGACAGAACCCAGCCUUCACUCGGGCAUCAAUGCAGCUGUCCUUCUCCUUGUUGCUGGACACCAGUUUGAGAGCUCAGAUGAGCUCCGUCAGAUAGGAUUGAAGUUGGGCUGCUUGUUGGGCCGCAAGGGCAGCGUGGAGAAGAUGCAGUAUUACUGGGAUGUGGGCUUCUACCUGGGGGUCCAGAUCCUUGCCAAUGAGCCCGCCCAGGUGGCGCUGGCUUCUGAGCAGCUCUACAAGCUGAAUGCACCCCUCUGGUACCUGGCCUCUGUGAUGGAGACCUUCCUUCUCUACCAGCACUUCUGCCCAGCAGCCCAGCCUUCAGGGCCCAUGGGCCUCCGCGCCCUCUUCUGGCUACGCUUCCUCCUGCUGUCUUGCCAGCCCUUCGAGUCCAUGGAUGAAUGCCCAGUGCUGAUCCUGGAGCAGAAUAAGGUGCUGCAGCCAGCCAGGCUUCGGGUACAAGAGGGGAGCCCUGAUGUGGCCGUGACCUUGAGCCUGCUGGAGUCUGAGAUGGAGGCCAGUCCCCCAUCGCCCCCUUUCCCCCAGGCUGCGGGCUCUGGCUGGACCUUCCCCGUGGCCUCCAUCCGGGGAGUCAGCAUCUCCAAGAGAGACGAGCGUUGUUGCUUCCUGUACGUGUUCCACACGGCCCAGGACUUCCAGCUGGGCUUCCCCAGCCACCAACACUGCCAGUGGUUCUGCGGGCGGAUCCAGGCCUUCGUGACGCAGCCAAUGCUGCCCGCAGAUGAGGGCCUAGCCACCAAGGAGGUGCUGGAGUUUGCCUAUGAGUACACUGAGACAGGAGAGCGGCUGGUGCUGGGCAAAGGUACCUAUGGGGUGGUGUAUGCCGGCCGGGACCUCAGCACCCAGGUACGGAUCGCCAUCAAGGAGAUCCCUGAGAGGGACAGCAGGUUUUCACAGCCCCUCCACGAAGAGAUCGCCCUGCACAAACGUCUGCGCCACAAGAACGUUGUCCAGUACCUGGGCUCCAUCAGCCAGGCUGGUUUCCUCAAGAUUUUCAUGGAGGAGGUGCCUGGAGGCAGCCUGUCAUCCUUGCUGAGGGCCGUGUGGGGACCACUGCAGGACAACGAGAGCACCAUCAGUUUCUAUACCCGGCAGAUCCUACAGGGUCUGAGCUAUCUCCAUGACAACCACAUCAUACACCGUGACAUCAAGGGGGACAAUGUACUGAUCAACACAUACAGUGGACUGCUCAAGAUCUCUGACUUUGGCACUUCCAAAAGGCUGGCAGGCAUCACCCCCUGCACCGAGACCUUCACAGGAACCCUUCAGUACAUGGCUCCUGAGAUCAUUGACCAAGGCCCCCGGGGCUAUGGGAAGGCAGCUGACAUCUGGUCGCUGGGCUGUACUGUCAUUGAAAUGGCCACUGGACGCCCACCCUUCCAUGAACUAGGCAGUCCCCAGGCUGCCAUGUUCCAGGUGGGUAUGUACAAGAUCCACCCCCCAGUGCCCAGCGCCAUGUCUGAGGAGGCCCGAGCCUUCAUCCUACGCACCUUUGAGCCUGAGCCCAAGCACCGUGCUAGUGCUGCUGCCCUGCUGGGUGACCCUUUCUUGCAGCACCGGCGUAAGGCCCGAAACUCCAUGUCACCCCACCAUGCCCCUCACCCUACAGGUAUCCCACCAAUUGGUCUAGCUUCCUCAGCUAGCCAGUCACAGACAGUGCCAUGUCCAGGUGCCAGUCCCCAGGCCAGCCCCAUGCCCCCUAAGCGCUGCCUCAGUGAAGGAGGAGCUCCCAACAGCCAGCUCCGGGUGCCUGAGGACUCUGUCGCAGAGCGCACCUCCUCCCCCGAGGAGAACCCACAGGGCUCCCUGAUGCGGAAGGAGAAUGAAAGGCGGGCCAUGCUGGAGCGGGUACUCAGCGAAGAGCUGUCCACCAUAGUGGAGAGCCUGCAGUGGGCACUGGAGCAGGGCCCCCCCGGGCCACGCCUGAGCCGGGAGCAGGUGGCCCAGCUGGUGAGAGGCCUCCGAAGCUACAUUUGCUCUUCCAGCCGCCGGCAGCUGGCACAGGAGCUUCGGGCCCUGCAAGAGCAGCUUCAGGCCCAGGGUCACAGCCUGGCGUUACUCCAGGGACCCCUCUUUGCCUUCCAGGAUGUGGUGAAGCGGGUCCUCCGAAGGCAUGAAAUUCGGCCCCACUGGAUGUUUGCCCUGGAUGGGCUGAUGAGCCGGGCGGUCCGGGCAGCCUUGGCUGUGCUGGGGACAGAGCUAAAGAAGUCAGCCACGGGGGAACCUGAGGAUUGCAGCGAGGAAGAGGAGCAGGAACCUGGCCAGAGGGGUAUACCACCGAGGAGGAGCAACACAAGGGCACCUGAACAGAAUUCCCUACCCCUGUUGACACAGCUGAGCCUCCUAAGGGCAGAGACAGGCAGGCUCCUAGGCCAGCUGGCAGAGAAGGAGAGGCAGUGCCACGCAUUAGCCCUCAGGGCACUGCAGCACGUAGAGACCACCUUUGCUCAAAUCACGGGUUCUGGGCCUGCAGAUAUCCCACCAGCCUCCCCAGGGGACCCUGAGCUGGUCCAGUGGCUGCAGCAGCUGGGGGUAGACUCGGGCACCAUCCAGACACUCUUGAGUCACGGUUUCACCUUGCACAUGCUCAUCACCUGUGCCAGUCGAGAUGACCUUGUCUAUACUCGGAUCAGAGGCGGAAUGGUGUGCCGGAUCUGGAGAGCAAUCCUGGCACAGAGGGCAGUGCCAGUCCCCUAGGCCCCCACCUCCCCAAAGGCUCAGGAUGCAGAUCCACGGACAUCAGGGCAGCGGGCAGCCACUCCUGCGGGCACAUGGUGGGCAGAGGCACCUUCCUCCACAUGGUGUUUCGGGGAACAGAGGUAGCUGAAGAGAAAUGGGCCGAAGUGCCCUGGGAGCUGCCCUGCCCUGAAGAGGGCUUGGCCAAGGCUAGUGGCCAGACCCAUUAAAGAGGAUGUUUUUGUACGUUUGGGUCCAUCACUUGCUAUAGGGCCUGAGAGAUGACAGGAGCCCACUGGGACUUCUCCUUUGGGGGUCUCAAUCGACGUCUCCCCAUCCACCUGGCUUCCAGCCCGUCCGGA